AUGUUAGUUAUGUUCGGGUUCUUCAGAUUGGCUCUUGGAAUCCUCAUAACUGGCCUUUGCUGCAGAGAUGUAUUAGCAGGUAACCAAUCUAAAAAUGUUGGUCCGUACGUGACUCAUUUCGCUUAAAACGUCCAUGCAAAGUUUGCACUUUCUACACCCAAUGAUUUUCGUCACUGACUUCUAGUAUUCAUUCCAAAAGAACUUUGCCCUUUUAUUUCUAUAAUCCUAAUCGGUUAAACGGUUUUAUACAAAAAAUUUUAUGUAGUUCUCCAUUUAUUAUUUUCAUAUUUUUCCCUUAAUUAUGAAGGAAUAUUGUCAUGAAUAGCUUAGCCAGAGGUCGUUUCUUCAAAACUGUCUUCGCUACGGAGCUCACCUCUCAAAUGAAAAGCCUGCUCGCAGCCCUGAGCCUCCAUAACGUUUGUUAUGUUUGCUUACAGACCAAAAAAAAAAAACUCUGAUAGCCGCCUCAUUUUAAUAAUUAGCUAACGCUGCAAGUCUCUCCGUACAUGCACUUUUUAUAGGCGGGCGCAUAAUCUUACGCUGUUUAAGGUGUUUCGAUACAGUUUUUCGAAGACCAUGCAAAGGUUUUUCAAUCGCCUUAAAAGUAAUUUUAUCCUCACUUGUCCGAUCGCUAUGAAAUUAUCACCACUCACUGAUUUUGGAUUGAAGUUUCUUAAAUUUAGUUUUAUAAAUAAAAUCGGCAUCACUAUGACAAAAACAAACAAUUAAAAUGUUGAAAUCGGUAAAAGCCUAAUUUUGCGCGAUCUAGACCAGUCCUGCUACUGAAAAUCCCACAUCUGGAACUUAAAGUGUGCUGUUUAGCAAACACCCUCCGUGAGAAGUAAAAAAAUCUGUAUUUUUGAAUUGAAAUAAAACGUAAAUAUAAUUCAAACCUUAUAUUUUCAAUAGCCGUUAUAAAUUAUGUAGUAAAAAAGUUCUGAAUUACUCAAACUAAUCUUAAAUAGCGUCAGAAUUUAAUGUCAUAUUUCAAUGCUAGGAAAUUUUGGUGUAUUUUCCAGAUUUUCUUUUGCGGAUUAGAAAACUAAGUCUUUUUUUUCACCACCUGUCUAAGUGCAACUUUAUUGUUCUAAGUUUUGACUUUUAUUGCUUUUCAAUAUAUUGAACGGCUCGACAGAAUUCUUUUUAAACCUUAUCACCAAAUCUUCACCAUGUAUAUAAUAAUGUUUGAAACUUUCAUGAGGAUUCAUUGAUUCAGUGCACCACCUUUAAAUUUCAAGACGAACCUAACCUACAAACCGGUCAAAAAUCCGCGUUACAACAUUCACUGUUUUGACGUUAUGCUAAUGUUUCCAAAUUAAUGCCCACCGUACAUACCUCCAUGAUUAGUACAUUUCAGUGAGGGAACUUUAGGGAGUUAAAAUCCAAAAAUGUUUCCGGAAAAGCAUGCCCCCUAAUGGCGCUCGUUUAGGAAAUUGGUCAGUCAACCUAGUUCCGCGCGCCUGCAUCCAAUGAUCUUUUUUUUUAUUAAACACACUUUGUGAUGCUGUUUUUGUUUUGUCAGCUUUAGUAACUGGCUUAAAGAAUUCUGUCAUUGUGGGAAAUAAUUCUGAGUACUUGUCUAACUUGACAAACUGGAUCAGAAGAAGUGAAAAUGAUUGGAAACUCUGCUGGAGAAAAUCACGUGAUGGCUGGGAUAAGAAUCAAUUCCAUUCCCUAUGUGACGAAAAAGGACCAACAAUUACUAUUGUAAAGGUUAACAACUAUAUCUUUGGAGGCUACACCAGUUUAUCAUGGAGUGAGUCUUCUAGUCUUUUUUUGCGUGUUUAAAAGUGUCUUGAUUGUCACAUAUACAGAUCUAGAACUGAACAUUUUUAAUUGUAUAUGACUAUUUAUCUGACGUUUCUUUUUUCUUUAUCCUAAACUAAAAUAUCAUUUGUUCAAACUGACACAUGCAUUUUUAUAGGCUUUGGCCUUGGUCCAAGUUGAACGAUCCAAAAUAGAAGUUUAAUUGAAUAGGCGUUCGAAACCAUUCUCGAAUGUUGGAUCCUUGGCCAACGAAUUAGGUUUAUCGCGUUAUUGUAAAAAGCCAUAAUCAAAGAUUUUCGAAAACGCUGACGGCAUAUAGCUGCCGAUUAUCAUACAUGACCUGGCUCCAUGCAUUACAAAACAACAAGGCGGUGAUUAAAAACAUACUUCCAAGGAUAGGCGCGGCUGUGAACGAACAUUUAUCACCAGACAUGCGCUUUCGAUGGUUGCCUCGAGUAGACGCUUAAAAUGAAUGAGUUUGAUGAGUUUAUAUUAACAGGAAAACGCCGAAGGUUUUGGGAAACGCGUUAGUGAAGAACAUGCUGGCCUUACAGAGACGAUUUGUUGAAUUCUUUCUAUUCUUUAUUUAGAGUCUGGUUGCCGCUAUCAGUACGAUCCACAAGCCUUUCUGUUCUCGCUGGUAAACAUGCAAGGAUUGGCACCUGUAAAGUUCGAUCAAACUGGAAAGUACAGCUUUCACAAAUCGUAUUCCACGUACAGUUGUGACAAUCUUGGUCCUAUUUUUGGAAGAAAAGAUCGUCAUGACUUGAAACUGGACGACGUUCGAUACAGUUCUUAUUCAGAUCUCGGCUACACGUACAGUCCGCCGAGCGGCCACAGCUAUGGAGACAAUUUUGCUCAAACAUUCCUCGCAGGACAUUAUACAUUCAAUGCGGAUGAAAUAGAAACGUUUUACGACGCAGCCUUUACGUCACAAGGUACUUCGAGGAUUAGCUAGGGUCACUAUAUCUUAUAUACAAUUUUUCCAGGAAUUUUAAAAAAUAAUAAGUAUAAUCUAGCCAUUUUAUAAUUAAAAAGUUGCUCAGCAGGGAUUGAUCAAAACACUCAUUUCAAAAACAAAUUUUCAACGUAAUACCGUAAAAUUUCGAAAAUAAGCCUCUCCAUGUAUAAGCCCCUCCAAAUAUAAGCCCCCAAACCGGUAACGCAAAAUCGCCCCUACAAAUAUAAGCCCCCCGGGGGCUUGCACUUGAAAAACUGCCCUCAGAUACAAAGUAGAACAAAGCAAAAACGGUAACUUUACUUCCAACUAUAAGGCUAGCCCAAUCAAUUUUGAAACGCAAAUUUCCCUUCGUAGAAAAGCCCCUCCGAAAAAGGGCCUUUGAAAUAGGCAUUGCUUUCAUGUCAAAAACGCCUAAAAAAUUGGGUUAUCGUUCUUGCUUGGGACGCGUAAAACCAACUAAAAGCCGUUAAUACACCCUAGUAAGUGUUUCUGACAUCCGUCAUGCCAGGCAUUAAACCUCGAUAUAACUGCCUGAUAACGAAGGGCGAAGGGACUGGCAAAAUUUGUUCGCUGUAAAGAGGUUUCGUUAUACAUCAAGGUUCUUUUUAAUAAAGGUUAUUCUCAGAUAUUUUGAAACGAUUUGGGACAAAAUCUCUUAUUCUCAGUAGCUGUUCAUUUUAAUGUUACGCGUAUUUUAUGAUAAUUUUAUUCAUAUAUUUAAACUGCAGGAGAGAUAUUUAACAAGAUAACCGUCUCGUUUCCUAACUUCAAAAUUUGCUAAAUGAAUUGCUGUUUUUGUAGAAUUAAACUUUAGGGGUUCACAAUGAAAGUCUACUCUGUGUCAAUUCAAGCGCCAUAAAAUCGCGUUUGUGACUUAAAAUUUAUUUGGUUGGUUAAUUUGAGGAUAAUCCUGUUAGUCAACAAUGCUGACUAUUGUGGGCGAAUUACGUUUUACACUUUGUGUCUUCGCUUUGUGCUCUACAUUUUGCGCCUACUAAAAAUGACUGUUGUUUAUGAUAUAAAUCUCGGAUUUUAUGCCUGCUUUUGUGUUUGUUAUUUUCCAGAUCCCUGCAUUGUAACAAUUUACUCAAAUCCUUUUAUUGAGAGGGUGGUAGUUCCACAUCCAGUGGCAUGCUUUACAGGUGCUGACAAUCUCGAGGAGGAACUCGGUGAUUUUGCAGAAGAGAUAAACUCAAAAACUGACGCUUACGAUGUAGUGGAAAAGUGCGCUGAGUUGGCUCAUGGCAAACAUUACAAGAUGUUCGCGUUGGGGAACAAUAGUUUGUGCCUAUCUGGAGCAGACACUCAAAACAGAUACUACAUCAAUGGUACGAAAGACGCGGAGUGUGAAGACGGUAUCGGCAAGGGAGAUAGUAUGUUCGUGUAUUCCUUAGGUCAGUGCUAAGGGUUACUUUUACGUCAUUCACUUCAACCGUUCAAUCGAUGUUCUGCUAAAUAUAGAGGGUGGUUCUUGGGAGAGCUACAACUUGAAGUAUUAAAGAGACAGCUCAGCACCGAAAGCCUCGGAAAUUAAAACUAAGCGAGAGGAUAAUUACUUACAGUGUCCGCAGGCCAAAGAAGGUGCAAAUAGAAGUGGAAUUAGGAGUAAAAAAAUCGCUGCAAACCUUAGGGCUUUUUUAAAUUUUAAAUUUAUUUAUGAAGACAUGAGGGCUUAAGUCUGAACCGAAUAACGUCACGUCAGUUGCAGUUGAAAAAUCGGAUGAUGGCCGGGGGGAGGUUUCACACAGACUCGAAGGGCGUCCAAUUAGUUGCUGUCUGUUAUAUUACUGUCUCAGGAGUAGAUACAAUAUGACAAACCUACAGAGUUAGUGGAAGUCCUUGCGACAGCCAGACUCCAAGUGUAUGACAUAAUAACAAACAACACAACACAACAAAAAAAGGGGAAAAACUAGAGUAUGUUAAGACGUGCUAUCUAGGCUCUGUACUGUAAGAGGCUUAAGAUACAUUACCAAUAUAUAUCCAAUCACUGAUUCCGCCACUUGAAGGUACAAUCAAUGUGUUUCUACUCUUUCUGAAUUAAUCUCCUUCUUAAUUCCUUGCCAGAUCACUUGCCUGAUCUCACGCCAGUUGGAUGCUAUCAUGACAAAAAGAACGAUCGCGCCUUACCAGAUCACUAUGCUAACUUCCGAAAACCCCCUGAGAUAGACUUGACACAAUUAGAUGAGACAAUACACCAGUGCGGACAAGUGGCCUACAAUAAAGGUUACCACUACUUUGCUGUCCAGGAUUACGGAGAGUGUUACUCUGGAAAUAAUGCCUCGGCAACUUAUGCCAAACAUGGCGAGAGCGAAGACGGUUGUUAUUGGAUUGACAAAAACGGAGGAUUUGGAGUGGGAAAGGAGAACACUAAUUUUGUUUAUAGGAUAAACUAG